AAGAGACAGGUUUUUCUUUUUCUUCGGCGAACAAUUAACAUGGACAAUAACAUUAGCCCGCUCAGCUCAUAAUCAUCUUCUAGCCGCUUAAGGCCAGGUGAGAUCAUCAUCAUCGCUGGCCGAGAAAUGCACCUGAAGAUGCUGCUGUCGAAAGCGUGAGAAGUCGCCGGGAAAUCGCUGGAAAAUCGCAUGCAACGAAGUACUUAACUUGAACGAACUGAACCCUCAAGAUGCCAAUCCUGCCAAUACUCAUGGGGAUGCUGAUGCUCCCCGCUUUGUCUUUGGGUCAGACUCAUCAGGUGUCGGAUGCCAAGCACCUGGAUGGGAUCAGCCUGCCCAGCCUGCCCUCGGAGCACCUCAUCCGGUACCUGAACACAUUUCCCAAGCUGAAACAACAGCUGACCACGAAUCUCACUGGGAUCGGAAAGACCACCCUCUCAUCCGCCUGCUGGGGCCACGAACGGGACUGCACGCCGGAUGGCCGCUUCCAGACGCCCCAAUGUCCGGGGGAGCACACCGGCUGGGCCAGGAGCAAGGAUGCCCAGCUGAGGACCUUCUACAACCAGGCAGACUUUGGCUACAUCCAGGAGCAGCUCUCUCAACUGACGCCGCAGUGUGUGCCCACUUAUUUGGGUGAUUCCUCGCUUGAGUGCACCCACUAUCUGCGCUUUUGUCGUGGCAGGAAUCUGCUCUUCGACUUCCGGGAUUUGGUGAACCGAGAAGAGCGCAUUCGUUACCACAUGGAUGUUCUGGCUCCGGGACAACUCCUUGGUCACUGUCUACUAAAUCGAACACGUCUGUCUGGCGAAAUGGAUCACAUUGGAUCAGCCCUGCAAUCCUGGGGUCCAGAGCUGCGCAACUUCGAGGUUUUACCCCAUCCCAUACUCGAAAGCGGCCUCUGCGAUGUGGUGGUGAAUACGCCCACUUUCAUCAUGAAAAUCGACGCCACGUACAACAUGUAUCAUCACUUCUGCGACUUCUUUAACCUGUACGCCUCGCUCUUUGUCAACCAAUCGCAUCCGGCGGCCUUCAACACGGAUGUGCAGAUCCUCAUUUGGGAAACCUAUCCGUAUGACUCGCCGUUUAGGGACACCUUUAAGGCCUUCUCGCAGCGACCUGUUUGGACCCUUAGCGAUGUGGAGGGCAAGAGGGUGUGCUUCAAGAACGUUGUGCUCCCGCUGCUGCCCAGGAUGAUAUUUGGAUUGUUCUACAAUACACCCAUAAUCCAGGGCUGCUCGAAUAGUGGACUGUUUCGCGCCUUCUCCGAGUUCAUCCUGCACCGUCUGCAGAUUCCCUACCGCCCACCACAGCAAAAGAUCAGAAUAACCUAUCUAUCGCGUCGCACAAAGUACCGACAAGUGCUCAACGAGGAUGAGCUGCUGGCCCCACUGGAGGCCAACGAUAAGUAUGCCGUGCAGCGCGUUUCCUAUGAAAGGCUCUCCUUCAUCGACCAGUUGGCCAUCACCAGGAACACGGACAUACUCAUCGGCAUGCAUGGCGCUGGAUUGACGCACUUGCUCUUCCUGCCCAACUGGGCCUGCAUCUUCGAGCUGUACAACUGCGAGGAUCCCAAUUGCUACAAGGACCUGGCUCGCCUGCGUGGUGUUCGCUAUCGCACUUGGGAGCAGCGGGAGCUGGUCUAUCCGCAGGACGAGGGACAUCAUCCCGAGGGCGGGGCACACGCCAAGUUCACCAACUAUAGCUUCGAUGUGCCGGAAUUUGUGCAUCUUGUCGAUGAGGCAGCCAAGGAAAUACUUUCCCACAAGGAAUUCCCCCGAGAGUCAUCAGAAAAUCCCUCCAAAACGCAGCACAACGAGCUGUAGAUUGCCACAAUUGUGAUUAAAUGCAUUUAUUUUGCUUAUUUUCCAGAUCCAAAAUAAAUCGGUAUUAUAUAGAUUAAA